UGAACAAAACCACCCAAUAGUGAAUUUAAUGAUUGCUUCCAGUCCAGCUGAAAAUCGAGUGUAACACAACACACAAGUCAGACCCCCCACCCUCCCCCCUCUCUCUCUCGCUUUGUCCGCUGCACUCACAUAGGACAUAUCAAUCAAUAAAUAAUCAAAGGAUCAGGGCCCCUUCCCUACCAUUUAAUCACCAUUCCAAAUGCAGAUUUCACUACACCGGCGUUGAUUAUUGUGCGACAGAGACCAGUCGGGUGUUUUUGAUUCAUGGCUCUUCUUCAUUCCAAUGGUUUCUGCUUCACUGCUGUGGCCUUCAACCAUCCACCUUCCGUUUCCCAUGGUCCUGGAACUGUGAAAGCAUCCUGUUCGCCGUUUUCUUCUCCCUCGCUUCCUCUGUUGAGUCUGCAGAGAAAAGCCAUUCCAGGAGACAAUGGGUCACCUGAAACCAAGGAAAACUCACUUGUGGUUUGCUUUGGGGAAAUGCUAAUUGAUUUUGUCCCAACUAGUAAUGGGCUUUCAUUGGCUGAAGCACCUGCAUUUAAAAAGGCUCCAGGAGGUGCACCUGCAAAUGUCGCUGUUGGCAUUGCUCGUCUUGGUGGCUCUUCAGCUUUUAUUGGAAAGGUUGGUGAAGAUGAAUUUGGUUACAUGCUUGCUGAUAUUUUAAAAGAGAAUAAUGUAAACAAUGAAGGGAUGCGCUUUGAUCCUGGUGCUCGAACUGCUUUAGCAUUUGUUACCUUGAGAAAGGAUGGGGAGCGUGAGUUCAUGUUUUACCGUAACCCUAGUGCUGAUAUGUUGCUUCAAGAAGAUGAACUUGAUUUUGAUUUAAUUAGGAAGGCAAAAAUUUUCCAUUAUGGUUCAAUAAGUCUUAUUACAGAACCAUGCAAGUCAGCACACCUAGCUGCAGCAAAAGCUGCAAAGGAUGCUGGUGUGAUUGUGUCUUAUGAUCCCAAUCUGAGGCUUCCUCUGUGGCCAUCUGCAGACAGUGCCAGGGAAGGUAUCCUGAGCAUAUGGAAUACUGCUGAUAUCAUAAAGAUGAGUGAAGAAGAGAUCUCUUUUCUAACAAAAGGAGAGGAUCCAUAUGAUGAUGCUGUUGUUCGUAAGUUCUACCACCCAAAUCUUAAAUUGCUUCUUGUCACUGAGGGCCCUGAUGGUUGCAGGUAUUACACAAAGGACUUCAGUGGGAGAGUUAAAGGUUUAAAAGUGGAUGCAGUGGACACCACAGGCGCUGGGGAUGCUUUUGUUGCUGGAAUAUUAUCACAACUAGCUGCUGAUCUUUCCUUGCUUCAGGAAGAGGACCGACUAAGAGAUGCUCUCAAGUUUGCAAAUGCUUGUGGUGCAUUGACUGUCAUGGAGAGAGGUGCAAUUCCAGCUUUGCCAUCUAGAGAAGCAGUUCUGAAUGCCAUGCUCAAGUUGGUGACAUAGAUUGUCAACACAGUUCUCAAUCAUAUCAAGUAACUCUACAUUCCCUUCCAAUUCUUUGGAAUGGUGGAUGCUAAGCCAGCUUAUGCUUCCAUAAGAACAAGUUUAAAUCAAUAAUGUGAAUGUGUUUUAUUUAACCCAUGUUGUAUGCGAUUUAUCAAGACUAUUUCAGUUCCACCAUUUAUAUCAGAGCCUAGAAUUUAGGCAUACCAGACAUUCAUUGAGUUGUAAAGAGCAGCAUAUGUGUUGUAACAUCUGUUUUUAAUUUGUUCCUUGCAGUUUCAUCUUUUCUCUA